AUGUCUGGUAGCAUUUGUGUCCAUGAUGACGAACAAGCGCCUGGUGCGCGGGGGGCGGAGGGGCCGCCGGAGCGAGCUGACAUCGCCCUGCCGUCCUCGAUCCGUCUCGAUGGUCACUCUCAGGAACCGGCGUGGGUUGAAAACCUCGUCGACCCUGAAUUCGUCUCGGGCACAAAUGGCUGGCUGCACGAGUCCAACUCUACACUCUUCUUCUACUGCUCCAACCCCAUACAAUCUAUCUGGAAUCCGUCAAAUUUUGACAGCGACUUGUCCAUGACCUUCCCGGAGCCGAACCCUCCGAGCAACAUCCAGACCCACCACAGCGUGUCUCCGUCGUCAUCUAAAAGAUCAGGGUCCGAAGUUCAAUUUGAGGACCUUGUUCAGGUUGCCGGCGCGAAGAAGGCCAGGAGGGCCAGCAGCAGCGGCGGCGGCGCCGGCAGCCAGGAACAGCAGAGCCCGCUCGCGUGUCCCUUUCUCAGGCACGAUCUCAUCAAGCACCGCGGGUGCCUCCACAACAAGUUGCCCCGCAUCAAGGAUGUCAAGCAACACCUCGAGCGCAAACACGCGCAGCCCAAGAACUAUUGUGCGCGAUGCUCGGACAUCUUCAGGAGUUCGGAGGCGCGGGAUGAGCACGUCCGUCAGGGGACGUGUGAAAUGAAGCCCAAGGUGACUUUUGAUGGCAUCUCGGAUGAGCAGAUGAAGGAGCUGGGCAAGUCGCUCGGGCGAAGCAGGGGCAAGGGCGAUGAGGAGAAAUGGUUUCAACUGUGGGAUUCGAUAUUCCCAGAGGAGCAGAGACCGGCAUCGGCCUUUCAGGGGUCGGACCUGACGGAGCUGUUGCCCGUGUACCGGAAGGCGCUCUGGGAGGUCUGGACAAGCAAGGGACUUGAAUUCAAGAAGAGAGUGCUCUCUGAGAAUGGACUAGCAGGACAGACCGACUACGAGCCGUCUCUGUUGGAUGGCAUCGUGAGAGCUUUGUUGGACGAGAUGGAGCGGGAGGUGGCAUGUCUGCUUGCAUGA